AUGGAACUCGCCGAUAAACGAGAUUUUAUUAAACUAAUAAUUCUAAGUUUAAUGUUAGCAUUAUGGUUUUACUGGUUGUGGAUGAGAAAAAAUCUGUACCUAUUCGCAUUACGCUUCCCAGGAUUAUUUGGAUGGCCCAUUUUUGGAAUAUUACUUCGCAUUAAAAGCCAACAUAAUCUUAUUCAAGAGUUUGGCAAAAUAUUCAAAGAUUGUAAGGCAUACACUGUUUGUACAUGGAUAGGCAUGUAUCCAGUUAUUAUAACAGCUGAUCCACCUUUCAUAAAAGAUGUGCUAUCUGCAAAGGAUUUGGUUAAUAAAGCCCAGCCACUAUACCAGCCACUCUAUGACGCAUUCAAAGGAGGUCUUAUUGCAAGUCCAGCGGAUCAAUGGCAUAAAAAUCGCCGUAUGAUAAAUCCAAGCUUCCAUCAGAAAGUACUGACCUCAUUUUUGCCCGUAUUUAAUAAAGCUAAAGAUGGGGCUGUUCUAAAAUUCAGAAACUUUACAAGGAAUGAGCAUGUCUUUAUUAGUGAAGUGUUGCAAAGGAUCACUCUAAGUAUAACUGUUGAAACCACUAUGGGGAAUGAGAUGCAAAAAGGCGAUCAGGUAUCAGAGGAAUUAGUGAAGUCAUAUAUCAUAAGCAUGGAAAAACUGCCAAUUGAAUGCUUCUUAGCAUAUGUGAAACUGGAUCGUUUGUACGCCUGGUUUACGAAAGCAUCGAAGGAAUUUGUGUACAAGUUUAUUAAAGGGCUUUUAUAUGGAAAACUCUCACAAACGCCAAGUACGGAAAAUAUUCGACUUGAUGUCAAUAUAUCCUCAAAUAAUACUGUUAACAGUUAUUCACAUGGAAAUAAGACAUUUAAUGAGAAGAAACCAAACAUUUUCAUUGACCGCGCUAUAAAUUUAUAUCGAGAAGGAAAAUUUUCGCAUCAAGAUCUCAUUGGUGAAACGAACACAAUUGUAUCUGCGGCUUUCGAAACGACCGCCAAUGGACUAUUGUCAGCACUUUUGAUGUUAGCUAUGCAUCCUGCUGUACAAGAAAGAUUAUUCGAGGAAAUCGAAAAUAUGUUCCCCGACAAACAUUUUUUCGUGGACUGUGAAAAUAUUACAAAUCUACCAUAUUUGGAUAUGGUCGUAAAUGAGACUUUACGCUUAAUGCCUUCCAUACCCAUGAUUGGUCGUCAAGUCAUACAAGAUACUACACUGAGUAACGGUUUGGUGAUUCCAAAAGGAAUCGAAAUUUUAGUUUCUAUUUUCGAUUUACAUCGGAGAACUGAUAUCUGGGGUGCAAAUGCUGAUAAGUUCAACCCAGAGAAUUUUUUGCGAGAGAAUUUGCAAGAAAAGCAUUCGCAUGCAUACAUACCUUUUUCGAAAGGGGUACGAGAUUGUAUAGGAUGGAAAUAUGCUCUUAUGGCGAUUAAAGUACUAUUGGCAGGUUUCAUUCGGAACUUUUCCUUUGAAACCAAUGUGAAAUUGGAAAAUUUAAAGUUUACGAAUAAUGUAUCACUUAAAUACACCAAUGAACCGGCGUUUACAAUAAAAGACCGGUGUAAAUAA